UUUCAAAAGAAAUGGAAACUGCAUCAGAGUCAUUCUAUAUCCAUUUGAUUCCAAGGGAUUUAGGCCAGAUAAAAGAAUCAUUUAAGAUUUCAGUAAAUACAAAUGAAGAAGGAACAGUCAGUAAACUAUACAGAGACAUUUAUGCCUACCUUGAAACAAGAAAUGACGGAAAUAAAGUAUAUCAUAUCAAUGGAAUAAGGAAUAAGAAGACAGGAGAAGAUUUACCUCACGAUAGAUUCAUUUCUUCAUAUUUCUCACCCAGAAGUAAUGAUGUUUACUGCAUGUUGGACUGAAGUAUUGAUGCCUCCAAGCACGUAAAGCCUCUAGAAUCCAAGCCAAAGGAAGAGUCGAAGAAGCAAGUUAGAAAAUCAGCAGAAGGAGUGACCCAAGAUGAAGUAGAUAAUAUCUUAAACAGCUAUGAUGGGAAAGUCAAAGCUAUCACAAAGUACUCUUGGUACGAAGCAAGUAAUCAAAAGUGGAUCAAAGCUAUUAUAAGCAUUGAUGGUAUCAAAGAUAUCCCUAAAGAAGAUAUCGAUGUCAAGUUUGGCGAAAGAACAGUAGACAUCUUUGUUAAAAAUGCUGGGCCUAACAAAAAUCUAAUCUAUCACUUUGGAUGCAGAAGAACUCAAAAACCUGUGAUUGCAGCUGAAUGUAAGUGGAGUUUGAAAUCAGAUGGUAUCCAAGUCAGCUUAAAGAAGAAGGAUAAGAAAGAUUCGUGGAUGUCCUUUUAUAAAGAGAAGGUUGGAGAUGUUGAUUCAGAGUUUGAAGACGACGUUAUCAGACAAAUCAAGAAAUAAAUCUGUGAU